CCUGGGGCCCUGUCAAGAACACUGAGCACACCACUGUCUCUACCUGAGGAUUAUACACCUAAAACAAACACCACAGACCAGACUGCUUCACUUGAAUUGAUAAAUACGUGUUGUUGUGGACAUCAAGAGGACUCUGAAGGAAAAACAGAAGUCAGUCUGGGGAUAUUUGAAGCCGAAGCUGACAGCGAGCAGCCCUCCAGCAUGCAGGUGAUAACGUGCGCGUUGUUUACGCUCGUCAGUCUCUCUAUCAGCCCCGGAGCGUCGGAGGCUGACUCCUGCCCUGCUGUCUGCGAGUGCUCUGAGUGGAAGACUCACACAAUCUCCUGCUUUGACAUUGGUAUUCUCCCCAGGUUUCCUGCAGGCACGGAGACACUAUGGCUUUUCGAGACCCGUCUGUCAUCAGUGCCGACAGACGCCUUUGCCAACAUGGUCAACAUCUCCAGGAUAUAUAUAUCAGUGGACGUGAUGCUGCAGAGGCUGGAGAGGCAUUCCUUCUUCCUUCUGAAGAAAAUCACCCAUAUAGAGAUACGUAAUGCAAAGAGUCUGACCUACAUUCACCCAGAAGCCUUUAAAAAUCUCCCAAACCUCAAAUACUUGGGAAUUUUCAAUACCGGCCUCUCUUUCUUCCCUGACUUGAGCCACAUCCACUCUAAUGACAUGAACUUCAUACUGGAGGUUGUUGAUCAUCCCUUCAUCACGGAGAUUCCAGCCAACUCAUUCCGUGGCAUCACAAGCGACGUGCUGACAGUGAUGCUGUAUGGAAAUGGCUUCAGAGAAAUCCAACAUCAUGCCUUCAAUGGAACCAAGCUAGAUCAAGUAGACCUUCACAGGAACAGGUAUCUUACUAAGAUGGAUGAAAAGGCUUUUGCGGGCACCAUCAGCGGCCCCAUGCUUCUAGACGUGUCCCUAACAGGGAUCACUUCCCUGCCGACCACAGGUGUUGAUUCUCUCCGGGAGCUGAAGGCGCGCGAUGCCUGGGCCCUCAAGAAACUGCCGCCAAUCAAAACCUUCAAGCACCUGACCAUCGCCAACCUCACCUACCCCAGCCACUGCUGCGGCUUCAAAAACCUAAAAAAAAAACGAGGCUUUGUGGAGUACCUUAUCUGUAACUUGACUGCCUUCUACGACCAGCAUCAAAAGCGCUCUGUGGGGCCCCUUGGCAUGCCUUCCCUCCAAGGGGACGUUGUGGAGGAAACAAUCCCAGACCAGGAUCCAAAUGGCGGAAGCCACAGAGAGUCCCAAGACUGGAGGAGAGGUGACUUCCAUGGAAGCCUCCACUACCACGCCUAUUUUGGGGGCCAGCCAGAUGAGGAUGUGGGUUUCGGAGAGACCCUCAAGAACCCCCAGGAGGACACCAGCCAAGACUUUAACAGUCGUUACGAUUAUGUGGUGUGUGAGGAGGGAGAGGAGGUGGCAUGUGCACCAGUGCCUGAUGAGUUCAAUCCUUGUGAGGACAUAAUGGGUUUUGGCUUCCUGCGAGUGUCUGUGUGGUUUGUGAGUCUGCUGGCUGUUCUGGGAAAUGUGGUGGUGCUCCUGGUGCUGCUCACCAGCCACUACAAGCUCUCAGUCUCUCGCUUCCUCAUGUGUCACCUGGCCUUUGCAGAUCUGUGCAUGGGAAUUUAUCUGCUGCUUAUCGCCUCUGUAGACCUCCACACACGAGCCGAGUACUUCAACCACGCCAUAGACUGGCAGACGGGCCCUGGCUGUGGACUUGCAGGGUUUUUUACGGUCUUCGCAAGCGAGUUGUCUGUCUACACCUUGACGGUGAUCACUCUGGAGAGGUGGUACGCUAUCACCUUUGCUAUGCGGCUGGAUCGUAAGCUGCGUCUGCACCAUGCGGCAGCCGUGAUGCUAGGCGGCUGGAUCUUCUGCCUCAUACUGGCCCUGCUCCCGCUGGUUGGGGUGAGCAGUUACCAGAAGGUCAGCAUCUGUCUCCCGAUGGACACCCAGUCCACAGUGGCUCAAGUCUACAUCUUGUCAGUGCUGGUCCUCAACAUCCUGGCCUUUCUUGUUAUCUGUGCUUGCUACUUCAAGAUCUACUGCGCAGUGCAUAACCCUCACUACCGUUCUGGAUCCAAGGAUACCAACAUCGCCAAGCGCAUGGCUGUCCUCAUCUUUACUGACUUCUUGUGUAUGGCGCCUAUCUCCUUCUACGCCAUGUCGGCCGCGCUGGACCGGCCGCUCAUCACCGUCUCCAACUCCAAGAUUUUAUUAGUGCUCUUCUACCCGCUCAAUUCAUGUGCCAACCCGUUCCUGUACGCCAUCUUCACAAAAGCCUUCAGGGGGGACGUAUUCAUCCUCCUCAGUAAGGUGGGCCUUUGUCAGCAGCGAGCACAGCUGUUCAGAGGCCAGGCGGUCUCGUCAAAGGGCAGCAGCGGGACAUCUCAGAACCGUAAAGACAAGGAUAAGGUUAAGAAAGUUGGAAAUGGGGGCCAGGAAGAAGUGCCCAUCCACCUGAAGAAGUGCUCCGGACAAACCGACCACCAAGCAGUCUGCCAGCUGACAAGUUCUGAAGAGAGCCAGAGACUGAACACGUGAGCCAAACACCAGCUCAAGGUAGUAAUGCAGGGCAGGUUCCGGUGGGAAAUGAGAGGCCUUGAUGCGUUUGUGGACAGAUCUGUUUGGAUAUUUAACAGAAAGAUCCAGUAUUCUGUAUCUGCUUCAGCUUGCAGGCCAAGUUCAGCUGUUUUCACAAUUUCGGCUGUGAUGAUUUUACGGUUCCAGUUGUUGGAGAAUAUCAAAUGUCAAUGAAAUGUGAGCCCGACUUCAUCUCAGUCCUUUGUAUUUGGAGGGACAGACUGGAAAAGAACAGUAAAGAAAAAAUAUCUUUCUUCUUCUUAUCUUUAAAAAUAGUAAAGAUAAGAACUCAAACAUACUUAUAACUAUGAAUACAAUAUUUUUUUCAGUACCUUUAAUUUAGUUGAGAUUUUCUUUAAUUUCAGAUUAUCCCUGCACAAUCUAGCAUUGAUAUACAAGGAAUUAUAACAGAUUUUAAAAAAUACUUAAUUUUCCUGUGAUAAAAUAACUUUUCUGAGGCACCCUAUUAAUACUUGGUAAUUCUAUUCAAGGACAGCCUGCUGGCUCAGUGCUGUUCACAGUGGAAACUUUAUCCAGAAAAUGGAAAAAAUACUGCAUUUGUUAUUGUCAUCUCAAUACCUCCAAAUAUAAUGUAAGUACACAAUAGUGUUUGGUGAUUUAUGGAUAAAAACAGGACACAUUGUUGGUGUUAACCUUUUAACCAGAAACUAAACAGUAAAUAUAGACAGGAAUCGUAUAAUACUAGACUGUGAUGUUGGAAAGCAGUGUUUUUUACAGUGCUCUGAAAUUGUAUUUUCAUGUGGCUUAUACCUGCACCAAACGGAUGUAUCACUUUGUUAGAUUCAUAAAAUAUUUGUAUAAUUUUGUUCUUUGUGUUAUUGUGAGUUUUUUAUUAUUACGUAACCAGAUAUUUUACUUUCCCUUUUUUCACAUUGAUCCAGCAAAACAAUUUGCAGAGGUACGUCCUCAUCUCCAGAGAGCAUGUGAUCCAAUUACAAAAGUAAACACAAGACAUAUUUUGAUUAUUAGCAAUUUUCUACAAAUUACAGACAGGUAUGAUAAUCACAAAUAUAUACUGCUAAAGCCUUGUCUCUCCUCUGGAAUGUCAUGAUUGUUUUUCUAGCAUGAUCGUGAC